AUGGCUGAUGCUGACCUCUACAACCUCGAAUUUCUGUCUCUCGUCGCUAAAAUCACUCAGGAAAUAGACAACCAUACUGGUAUUAACGACAAGACACUCGCCGAGUUCGUUAUCUCCCUACAUGAUGAAUCAAAGACGUUACCGGAGUUCAAGCAGCAGCUAAAGGGCGUGGGCGCAAACUUUCCCGAGUCGUUCGUGGAGAAUGUAGAUCGUCUCAUCUUGAGCAUGCACCCGAAGCACAAGAAAAAGUCAGAUUCGGGAAAGGAGAAUGUCGCAGCGGAGACGGAGAGCACUCUCGACGAAGUAGACAAGCAGAAGCGUAUUUUCCCCGGUCUCGCUCUCAAGGACCAGGACUGGCAGCCGAGCGUCACUAAAGACGCAAUAAUGAAGGAAGUGGACGACAUGAUGUCUCAGUUUGAGGGUGCCGCGAAGAGGGCGAGGCCAAAAACUCCGGAAAACGAUCGUUCCCCCAAGCGACAACGACGGUCUCGCUCACGUUCUCCUCCACCACGACGGCGCAGUCCGAGUCCUCGCGGGAGAAGCUACGGAGACAGAUAUGACGAUCGUCGUGGGAGGAACGGCGACCGUGCGCGCCCUCUUGACGAGCGGCCCGUGCUGUUCAAGAUCUACAAUGGCCGGGUCAAUGGUAUGAAGGAGUUUGGUGCCUUCGUCCAGCUUGAGGGUGUUGUAGGCCGUGUGGAAGGCAUGGUCCAUGUAUCGAAUAUUCAGCAAGGAGCGCGGACUAACUCGGCUGCGGACUUGCUCACCCGAGGACAGUCCGUCAAGGUGAAGGUCAUGAGUGUGGCGGGGACUAGGGUUGGCCUCUCCAUGAAGGAUGUAGACCAAGCCACUGGCCGAGAUCUUACGCCUCAUCUACGUAUCAAGUCCGAGGCAGAGCUUGCGGAGGAGGAUUCAAAACGGUCUGCUCGCGGUGCAAACGCUGUUCCGCUCAACUCGCGCGGGAAUGGAAAGGAGGAAGUCGUGCGCUCAGCGAAGCGUCUGACCUCCCCAGAGCGGUGGGAGAUCAAACAGCUCAUCUCGUCUGGCGCUAUCGAUGCGUCAGAAUACCCUGACCUUGACGAGGACUUCGCUAAUCCUAUGGCGCGCGCCGAGGUUGAAGAGGAGCUUGACGUCGAGAUUCGUGAGGAGGAGCCGCCUUUCCUUGCAGGGCAGACGAAGAAGACCCUCGACCUCAGCCCUGUCAAGAUAGUAAAGGCUCCCGACGGCUCGCUGAAUCGUGCCGCUCUUGCAGGGGCUUCCCUCGCCAAAGAGCGAAGGGAGUUGCGGCAGCAAGAAGCUAACGAGCAAGCCGACUCCGAAGCCCGUGACUUCAGCGCGCCUUGGCUUGAUCCUAUGUCGAAGGAGUCGGAUCGUAUUUUUGCACAGGAUCUUCGGGGGAAUAUUCGUGGACAGAAGGCCGGAGAGCAGCCGAAAUGGAAGGAAGCCACGUUCAACAAGGCGACUACCUUCGGUGAGAUCACGUCUCUUGGCAUCCAGGAACAGCGGAAGAGCUUGCCAAUUUUCAAGUUGCGCGACGCAUUACUCCAAGCCAUAGGGGAGCAUCAAGUUCUUAUCGUCGUCGGCGACACUGGCUCGGGUAAGACUACACAAAUGACCCAGUACCUCGCUGAGGCCGGUUUCGCGGAUAAGGGCAAGAUCGGCUGCACACAGCCUCGACGUGUUGCUGCCAUGUCCGUCGCGAAGCGUGUCGCUGAAGAGGUCGGUUGUCGCCUUGGGCAGGAGGUCGGAUACACGAUCCGUUUCGAGGAUUGCACAGGCCCCGAGACGAGGAUCAAGUACAUGACGGAUGGUAUGCUCCAGCGAGAGUGCUUGAUCGACCCCGAUGUCUCUGCUUACUCUGUCAUCAUGCUCGACGAGGCUCACGAGCGGACUAUCGCUACCGACGUUCUAUUUGGUUUGUUGAAGAAGGCAAUUAAACGACGUCCAGACCUGAAGCUGAUCGUCACUUCAGCAACCCUCGACGCCGAGAAGUUCUCUAAGUACUUCUUUGGCUGCCCUAUUUUCACCAUCCCCGGUCGCACAUACCCCGUCGAAGUCCUCUAUACCAAGGAGCCAGAGACGGACUACCUGGACGCUUCGCUCAUCACCGUUAUGCAAAUCCACUUGUCGGAGCCUCCCGGCGAUGUCCUUCUGUUCCUGACUGGUCAGGAGGAGAUUGACACAGCAUGCGAGAUUCUCUACGAGCGAAUGAAAGCGCUAGGUCCUAAGGUUCCGGAACUCAUGAUUCUCCCCAUCUAUUCCGCCCUUCCAUCGGAAGUCCAGUCCCGAGUAUUCGAGCCGACGCCACCGGGUGCGCGCAAGGUUGUGGUGGCGACAAAUGUUGCGGAAACUAGUCUCACUAUUCCCGGAAUUUACUACGUUAUCGACCCUGGCUUCUCGAAGCAGAAUGCAUACGAUCCUCGUCUAGGAAUGGACUCGCUCAUCGUUAUGCCGAUCUCGCAGGCGCAAGCGCGACAGCGUGCUGGCCGGGCUGGCCGCACGGGACCCGGAAAGUGCUAUCGGCUCUACACUGAAGCCGCCUUCCGUAACGAGAUGUUGCCGAAUUCUAUCCCGGAUAUCCAGAGGACGAAUCUGGCGUCUACAAUUCUAAUGCUGAAGGCGAUGGGCAUCAACGACUUGCUCAGUUUCGACUUCAUGGACCCACCUCCCGCCCAAACAAUGCUGACAGCGCUCGAAUCGCUCUAUGCGCUCUCGGCAUUGGACGAUGAGGGCCUGCUGACGAGGCUCGGUCGCAAGAUGGCGGAUUUCCCGAUGGAUCCCCCGCUCGCGAAAAUGUUAAUCGCGUCCGUCGAGUUGGGCUGCUCGGAAGAAAUCCUGUCAAUUGUGGCGAUGCUCUCGGUUCAGAGCGUGUUCUAUCGCCCCAAGGAGAAGCAAGGACAGGCGGAUUCCAAAAAGGCGAAGUUCCAUCAGCCGGAGGGUGACCAUCUUACACUGCUGACCGUGUACAACGGCUGGAAAGCGAGCAAUUUCUCGAAUCCUUGGUGCUACGAGAAUUUCAUACAGGCGAGAAGUAUGCGGCGGGCGCAAGAUGUCCGAAAGCAGUUGCUGGGUAUAAUGGACCGUUAUAAGCACGAUAUCAUCUCCGCGGGACGAGACUAUAACUGCGUUCGCAAAGCUAUCUGCUCUGGCUUCUUCCGUAACGCAGCAAAGAAAGACCCGCAGGAAGGUUACAAGACGCUCGUAGAAGGCACUCCGGUGUAUAUUCACCCGUCGUCAGCGCUCUUCAACCGCAAUCCGGAGUGGUGCAUAUACCAUGAGCUAAUCCUCACGACGCGAGAGUACUGUCACAACGUCACGGCCGUCGAGCCCAAGUGGUUGGUGGAAGUGGCUCCACAGUUCUUCAAGGUUGCCGACGCAAACAAAAUCAGUAAACGCAAGAAGCAAGAAAAGAUUGAGCCUCUGUUCAACAAGUACGAGAAACCAGACGAAUGGCGAUUGUCGAAAGUCAAACGAAGUGCUCGCUCGAGUCAAACCUUUGGAUAGACCAGGAAUGCGGACAAUGCUUGUCGUGUAUUGUAUUGCUACAUGUUUUAUCAUACUCGCUGUCAUCUGUAUUCAUACAUAAUCUGUUAUAUUAAUGCGCAACGUCACUGG